UUCUUCGUUUUCUUAAAAAUUAAUCAAUUCAAAAUUAGUUUUAAAAUCCUUUUACUUUUUACUUCUUAGCAAUCCUCCGUCAUCCGUUUUGUAUCACUAGUUUCAAUAUUUUCUUAAUAAGAACAUGUCAAAAACAUUGACAAAUUCUCGAAAAAAUGUUUUGAAAAAGUUUAAACGUAUAGAAAUCCCAAGUAUGACUUCUGAACUAAAACUAACUAAAUAUUUUAUUACGUGGCUGAUCUGUUUGCUUUAACAAAAAGCUGCAAAUUAUGAAUGAUAAUGAGAAAGAAUAACGUGAAUUUAAAUAAUCUCCACAUUCUUAAUUUCAACCUCAGUACUUCCAAAAAUCUCGUGAAGAUAAGACGAGGAGAUUAAAAUUUUAAAGAUCUAAGUAAGAAAAUAUAUAAAUCAUGAAUAAAGUUUACAAAAUUGUGAUUAUUUGUGCAACUGCAGUUAGUUUUUUACCAUGUUUAAUAGCACUUUAUACCUUGCCACCAAGCAUAAAAGUUUGCCAUCGUUCAUCGCCGAAUUUAGUUGAAUGUGUUAGAAACUCAAUAGAAAAUAUCCGACCUGUACUCAAAACGGGUGACUUUGGCGAUGGAUUUCGUAUUGAUCCAAUUGAACCUUUAGAUAUUCAAGAAAUUGUCAUUCAACGUGGUCCAGAUUUUUAUGUCCGCCAAUAUAAUUUAAAGGCAUUUGGAGCAGUAAAUUUCCAACUUAAAAAACUUCGAGCUUCGUUUAAUCCACUGAAAAUAGAAGGAAUUAUUGAAGUACCUCAAAUUGAUGCAAACGGUCUUUAUGAUCUGGACAUGAAACUUGGCCCACUUCAUUUGAAGGGACAAGGAAAAGUGAAUGCACACAUAAAUCGCUUGAAACUUCGAAUAAAAAUAAAUGGAUCGAAAUACAUUAAAGAUGGUGAAGAAUUUGUUAAAGCUGACAAUUGUGUUGUUGCCGUGAAAUUGGAGGAUCUUCAAUUGAACUUCUCUGAUUUAUUUAAUGGUAACAAAGUUUUAAGUGAUGUAGGCAAUCAACUUAUAAACGAUAACAUCGAUUUAUUCAUUCGGGAUAUCGAACCUUCUUUAGAGAAGUCCCUAGCCAAAAAGUUUUUGGAGACUGCAAAUCAAGUCUUGGAAAAAGCGCCGUUCAGAAUCUUCUUACCUGAUUAACUUCAUUAAUAUCUUCUUACAUCAUUUGUGUCAUGUGAGAAUUUAAAAUUUAUGAUAUUAAAAUUCGUUUUUCUUAAUGAAUGGAAAAAAUAAACUUUUUGUUUUGUUGCUUUUCUAUAAUACUGGAAAUAUUGUUAAAUGUCAGAUUUAUGAUUAAACAUUUGUGACCAAAUAAAUUCACUAUUUAGUUUUGGAAUUCCA